CUUCUACCUCUUGUCAUCCCUUCUUUUUCAUCAUUUUUUUAUAGUUUUGAUAAUUACAACGCGUAUAGUUCUGGCAUACUCAUAAUACGGAAAGGCAACUCUUCUCUACAAAUGUCAUCGAAAAACUUGAUAACAGAGCUUCGACCCAUUGAUUUAAGUUUGGCUAAGAGCAAGCCUACUUUAAUUGCUGCCAGCCCCACUGUCUCUAUUCGAACAGCUUUAAUGAAAAUGCAUCGGAAUAAAAUCACCUCCUUGCCUGUGUUUUCCCAUCAAAACUGUACAGAUAUCAUGAGCAUCGUCAACUUGUUUGAUAUCUUGUUAUACCUCGUCAACGACAGCAAAUGCCAUGAUACUACCAUUCAGAAAGAAAAUUUGAAAAAGCUGGAUGAUCCUAUUGAAUUGGUGUUAGGACUGGAUAGCGAUAGAGAAAGCUAUCGUAUUCAUAAGCUCGAUCGUAAAGAUAAGCUUAUCGAAGCAUUACGUUCUUUUGCUUCAGGAACACAUAGAGCGCUUGUUAUGAAUUUCGAUACCAAUGAUGAGCCAUGGAUUUUGUCGCAAACAGAUAUUAUCCAACAUAUUGUCAGGCAUCCAGAUUCAGUUUCAGGUCUACUUGACCUCAAUUGUCCUGUACGUGAUAUGCCUUUAAUGAUUCAGAAACAACAGAAACUUAUCACAGCCAAAGAAUCAGAGACAGCAUUGCAUGUUUAUCGUUUCAUGGCUGAGAAAAAUCUAAGUGGUGUUCCAGUAGUCAACGAACAAGGAGAGUUCAUAGGAGAUCUGUGCGUUGAGGAUUUACCAGCAGCCAAUCUGGAGAAUAUUGGUCAAAUGACGUUAUCUUGCAAAGAGUAUAUUAAGUUUACAUCUGAUUAUCUCACACCCUCAGUCACCUCGUCCAAUUCCACAUUGAAGGAUAUCAUGAACAUCAUGAUAAAAACAGACACACACCGUGUGUGGAUUCUAGAAGAUAAAAAAGUGAUUAGUGUCGUUACUAUGUCAGACAUUAUGGCGCUGUUAUGUUCAAAUCGUAGACCAAGCCUGUUUUAAUACACAAUCACAUUGAAGUAAUCUAAACAAUAGCAACACGGGAAUGAAAACCCCUUAUUAUUUUUACUG